GGAGGGGGAGUGGACAAGCUCAGACCCAAGGAGAGGCUUGGAGAGAGCAGACGUCUUCUGGACUCAAAAGGACGAGGUUCAGCUGUUACAUUACCUCCCAGAAAAAUGGAUAGGAGAAAUGACUACGGUUAUAGGAUGCCCCCGGUCCAGACUCAGGUUGCUGCUGCUGUCCAGGCCCUGGCAGAUGACUACCUGGCUCAGUUGAGUCUGGAGCCCACAACCAGGACCCGGGGCAAGAGGAACCGAAAGUUCAAGCAUCUGAUUGGGCAUGAGAGAGGUGGCCGUAAUUACAGGUGGAAUCCAUGGGGCCAGAGGCCUCCGCCACCCCGAGAUGUGGCCAUUUUGCAAGAAAGGGCAAAUAAGUUGGUGAAAUACCUGUUGGUUAAGGACCAGACAAAGAUCCCCAUCAAGCGCUCAGACAUGCUGAAGGAUGUCAUCCAGGAAUAUGGUGAAUAUUUCCCAGAGAUCAUUGAACGAGCAAGCUACGCUCUGGAGAAGAUGUUUCGAGUCAAUCUGAAGGAGAUUGAUAAGCAAAGUAGCUUGUAUAUUCUCAUCAGCACUAAGGAAUCCUCCGCAGGCAUACUGGGAACGACCAAGGACACACCCAAACUAGGUCUUCUCAUGGUGAUUCUGAGUGUCAUUUUUAUGAAUGGCAACAAGGCCAAUGAGGCUGUCAUCUGGGAGGUGCUGCGCAAGUUGGGGCUGCGCCCUGGGGUGAGGCACUCGCUCUUUGGGGAAGUGAGGAAACUCAUCACAGACGAGUUUGUGAAGCAGAAGUACCUGGAGUACAAGAGGGUCCCCAACAGCAGACCACCUGAAUAUGAGUUCUUCUGGGGCUUGCGCUCCUACCAUGAGACUAGCAAGAUGAAAGUCCUCAAGUUUGCCUGCAAGGUGCAGAAGAAAGACCCCAAGGACUGGGCUGCUCAGUACCGGGAGGCGGUGGAGAUGGAAGUCCAGGCUGCAGCUGUGGCUGUGGCUGAGGCUGAGGCCAGGGCUGAGGCAAGAGCCCAAAUGGGAAUUGGAGAGGAAGCUGUGGCUGGGCCCUGGAAUUGGGAUGACAUGGAUAUCGACUGCCUAACACGGGAAGAGUUAGGCGAUGAUGCUCAGGCGUGGAGCAGAUUUUCAUUUGAAAUUGAGGCCAGAGCCCACGAAAAUGCAGAUGCCAGCACCAACAUCGACUUCAGCAGAGGAGCUGGCACCGCAGCUAGCUUCCACAAUGGUGCUAGCAUUAGCUUCAGUGGUGCACCCAGCCCCAGUGGUGGUGGCUUUGGUGGCAGAACUGGCAUUAGCUUUGGUGGCACACCCAGCACCAGUGCCAGCUUCAGCAGCACAGCCAGCGUUAGCUUUGGUGGCACACCUUAUACCAGUGCCAGCUUCGGUGGUGGGGUCAGCUCUAGUUUCAGUGGCCCACUCAUCACCACUACCAGUUUCAGUGGCGGGGCCAGCCCUGGCUUUGGAGGCACACUGAGCACCACUGCUGGCUUCAGUGGUGCUCUCAUUACCAGUACCAGCUUUGGCAGUGCCCCCAGCACCGGUGCCGUCUUUAGCGGUGCACUUAGCACCAGCACUGGCUUUGGUGGCACACUCAGUACUAGUGUCUGCUUUGGUGGCUCUCCCAACUCUGGUGCCAGCUUUGGUGGCACGCUCAGUACUAGUAUCUACUUCGGUGGCUCUCCGAGCACCAGCACUGGUUUUGAUAGCAUCCUCAGCACCAGUGUCUCGUUCAGUGGCUCUUCCAGCACCAUUGCUGACUUUGGCAGCACACUGAGCACCAGCAUCUGCUUCAGUGGCUCUCCCAAUCCUAGUGCUAGCUUUGGUGGUGCAAUCAGCACCAGUGUCGGCUUUGGCGGUGCGCUCAACACCAGUGCUGGUUUCAGCAGUGCUGUUGGUGGUAGCCCCGGCUUCAGUGGUACACCCACCACCAACUCUGGCUUUGGCGGUAUGUUCAGCACUAGUGCUGACUUCACGGGGGCACUUAGCGCCACUACUGACUUUGCAAGUGCCCCUAGCGCCAGCAUUGGCUUUGGUGCAGGUCCCAGCACCAGUUUCUUUGGUAAUGUGCCUAAUACCAACCUAUGCUUUGGUGGCCCUCCUAGCACCAGCGCCUGCUUUAGUGGAGCUACCAGUGCCAGUUUUGGUAAUGGGCUUAGCACCAGUGUGGGUUUUAACUUUGGCGAUGGGUUAAGUGCCGGCACUGGAUUUGGUGGUGGACUGAGCACCAGCACUGGCUUCAAUGGUGGACUAGGCACCAGCACUGGCUUCAAUGGUGGACUAGGCACCAGUGCUGGCUUUGGUGGCGGACUGAUCUCCAGCGAUGGCUUUGGUGGAGGACUGGGCACCAAUGCUGGUUUUGGCAGCACACUUGGCACCAGUGCUGGCUUUAGUGGUAGCCUCAACAUCAGUGAUGGCUUUGGUGGUGGGCCUAAUACCAGCUUCGACGGAGGACUGAGUACCAUCAUUGGCUUUGGCAGUGGUUCCAACACCAGUAUUGGCUUUACUGGCGAACCCAGCACCAGCAUUGGCUUCAAUGGUGGACCCAGUUCUAUCGUUGGCUUCGGCGGUGGACUGAACACCGGUGCUGGCUUCAGCGGUGGACCGAGCAACGGUGCUCCCUUUGGUGGUGGAGCCACCAGCCUUGGUGCCUGUAGCUUCUCCUAUGGCUAGUGAGGUUUCAGGUUUAUGACCCACAUUUACAGAUCCCGCUAAUGAGCUGCAGCAGUCCCUCCUUCCCAUGAAGCCAAGGAACAUCCCUGGGAUCUUUGUCCACCCAGCAGUCUAAGCAGAUACUACCCAUCAGCUGAGGUUGAC